AUGUCAAUAGGGUAUCCAUCACAACAACAACAACAACAACAAUACCACCCCCACCAACAACCUCCAAAACAACAAACUAAUCCACAAUUAAAUAAUCAACAAUCAAAUUCAUCUAUACAAUCAAACAUAUCAAAUUCAGUUAAUAAUACAUCACAAUUAUCAAAUGGUCCUCCACCACCUUAUUCAAAAUCAUUACCAACUACAGCAACUGAUAUAACUGAUAUAUCUUCAUUAUCAACUAAUUCAUCAACAUCUUCAUAUCAACAACAACAACAACAAUACCCUCAAUCACAUUCAAAUUCAAAUUCAAACCCAAACCAGCCGCAUGAUCAAAAUGAUUUAGUAACUGCUGCUCAAGCUUUAACUCAAUUAACAAGAAGCAAUACUCCACCAUCAGAUGUUGAUACUAUAGUAACAAGAGAUAGUGAUGAAUUAUCAAUAACAACAACUUCAAGUCAAUUUGAAAAUAAUAAUAAUAAUCAAUUACCUUCAUUAUCACAACAAUUUUCAAACCAACAUCAAAAACAUCCAAUUGUUUCAACUGUUAAUAUGGUUGCAAAACAUCCAAUUGUAAUGAAUGCUGUAAAAUAUUAUGAAUCACAAAAGAGAAAUUAUCCAAGUUUUAAUUAUGCUGCUGGAAUAGUUGAAGCUGCUGCAAUACCUGUUGUUAAUAAAAUUGAAGAUAAUUUAAAUACAAGACAUCAACAAACAAGAUUACCUUCAUUUGCAUCAUUAGAAAGUAAUACUCUUAAUAACAAUAACAGUCAUUAUAAUAGUAGUUCAAAUGAAUUAACACCAGUUGUAUCAUUUGAUAAUAAACAAAAAAAAAGAAGAUUAUCAUCAUCAUCAUCAUCAAGUAUAUCAUCAUCAACAAUAAAUACUUCUUAUGAUACAAAAAAAAGAUUACAAUUUUGUAUUCAUAUUUUAAAAGCUGCAAAUACAAAUAUAAAUUCCAAGAUAAAUUUUUUACAAAGAAAAAUUAAUGAAACUGAAAUUGCUGUAAAAGAAGAAAGAUUUAAAUUACAAUAUCAAAAAUCAAAUGAAGAACCCAAUUCUAUUAAUAAUCAAGUUACUCAAAAAACUCAAACUGAAAUUAUUGGAACUGUUAAAAAAAUAAUUCAUUUAAUUUCAAAUUUUAGACCAAGUACAUUAGGAGGAACUACUACAACUGCAGCAACCACUAACACAGCAAAUGCAUCAACUACAACAACUCAAGAAUCUUCUGAAUUUGGAUUAUCAAGAAUUCCAACAAAUAUAUCAUUUUUGCAAGAUUAUGAAUUAAAAAAUACAAUAAGAGAUAUAAUAUUACAUUUACCAUUAUCAUUACAACAACAAGAAUCAACUGACAGUGGUAAUAGUAAUGAUAAAAUAUUUGUAUUUGCAAAAGAAAGUUUAGAUAUGAUUACAAAAUUAACUAAUGUUUUCUCUGAACAAUUAAUUAAAGUAGAAAGUUGGGUAAAUGGUGAAGAGCAAUUGCAGCAGCAACAACAACAACAACAAACACUAAAUACAGUUGAUGAAAAAGAUUAUGAAAUGAAGGAUUCUUCAAAUAAUUCUAAUGAUACUUUAAAUUCAAGAUGUUCAAGUGAAGAACCUGAUGGUUUAACUUCUGCUACUAAAAGAAUGAGAAUUAAUGAAUUAAUUGAUAAUUGA